AUUCACGAUAGUAAGACACCAGCGAGCGCGGAUAGAGUCGAAAGACGUUGGUUAACCAAACAAAAGCAACAACGGUAAUAACGUAUGAACAUUUGAACAACCUUUGGUCGGAACCCAGGAAGCGGGACGGAAUGACAACGGGGUAUAUCGAAUUAUCAAAGCUGGCACUGGUAGAUAGUGUGGGACGGGUACGAGGGUAAAUAUACACAAACAGAUGGGUGAAGAUAUCGGUUACCUGCCUGUUGAAGCCCGGCUAGUUGUUGCUCGCAUUCGCGAAGGAAUUUCACGCGAAUGCGACAGUUUCACGCGGACCACGCGAUAAGAAAACACGAUCACCAGCUCGGAGAAAAUGUGUGCGCGUUUCGGAAAGUCAUCAACGUCACCACCUUCGUCGUAAUCGCCGCAGAAGGCAAGUUAUCACGGUAGUUAUUUUGGGAUGUCUCAUUGACUGCCGGUUCUGGAUGCAAUCAUAUAUGGAUUCCGUGCAAGCUUAUAGUGUUGAUAUCCAGCGGGGGUUUUUUGUUGGUUGACCAAGAUCAUCGCACUUAGUCAUCCAUAUCAAGAGAAUAGAAGGAAGAACGAUACGUACCUGUACAAGGGAAGAUAGGCAACUGAUAUCGUGGUGACAAUCAGUGAUAAGUGAUACCGCAGGUCGUGGAUGGUCGGUCGGAAAUUUGAACAAGGCUACGAAUACGCAGAUUGAUUACAGCUUGAAACACGACUAGGUGCUGCUGAUAUUGUUUUGAAUUGUUUUAUACCUGCGUGCGAUUUUUCCGAAAUGUUUUGGAGGGAUAGCCGAAUCCAGUCGCUGCCAGUCAGACAAUGAGAAAGUGCGCGUUCGCGGAUGUGUCACUGUUGGUGGAUCGAACGGAAAUCGAGCUAAACGUGUGAAGUGAUUAUCGGUGUCGCAUAGCGGUGAAACUGCACAUCGUUUGCAUACUGCCGGAAAGCUGCCAAGCAUAAUGUGUCGCCACUGUACCCUCUGUGGACUGGGUCCACGGGCCACUAUCGUUUUCGUUGGAAUAGUGUCAUUGUUGUUUGCAGGAGGAUAUGUGUACUUCUCAAUCGCCGGAAUCCUCGCACACAACUGCCAGAUCAACAUGACCAGUUCUCCGGAGGAAUACGGCAUUUAUCUCUACUACCUUCGAUCUUCCGAAUGUGGUAAGAUCAACCUCACUCACCUGGGGAUUCAGCAUGUACCUGAGAAUUUGCCAAUUGACGUUCCAGAUGUCUCGGCUGCUGCCCAGAGGACAUACAUUUUCUGUAUAAUCGGGGCCGUCUUGUAUGGGCUGUGGUUCGUGACUUCGAUCUUUAUGUUCGGAUCAGUAUGCGUUUCCUGCAUGGGCCGAUGUUGCAUCGUGGCAGGAAUCUAUCCUUACAUUAUCUCACUUUUCCUAGUACUGACGUUCAGCGUCGUGACGUUCGUGUUCUACCUCAUUGAUUUCAUUGGAAGUUUUGACAUUGAUUUCGUACUGAAUUUAAUAGAGAUAGAAAAUCAAGCACCUAUUCGACAUCUUUUCGAGCAAGUCGAUAACAUAUAUCUAAUCGUUCCACCACUACUUCUGUGGCUGAUCGCUAGCAUAGGAGUUAUCAUCUGGUUCAUGUUCUUGCUUCUCGCGUUUGUGAUGGUUGGAGUAGCGAACCGCUUGUGGAGAGAGAAUAAGCCGGCACCUUCCUACAACAACUCAAGACCAGCACCAAGAACUAUGAUUCCUGCAGCUGCAACGAUUGGUGAGAUGAGGGAAGAGCCCAAACCAACGAAUACGAACCUUAUGGUUGCCGCAACCCGCUACAAUGAUCCUGCAAGGCAACCCAACGAUAGUUUAACCUACAACGAGAUCCCUCCAGCAAAUGUGGACGUUCGACGUACCGUUGAACCCUUGAAAGGAGGUCACGAACCUCCGUACGAAACAGAGCCAAGUCCGCACGAUAUUUACGAAAACGCUCCCCGUAGUCCACUACGGACAAACUCUAUGAUCAAUCCUUACACGGACAAACGGUUUACCUACCUACCAGGGAAUCCACAACCCUUCUCCUAUCUGGCGGGUCCACCUCAGGUCAGUCCACGAAAUUCAACUAACGUACCCGAAGUGCGAAGUCAGUUACCAUGGUCCUACUUCCAUGCACCGGAUCAAGCUCCGGUCCAACGACGGGUUACGUCUACCCUUACCGACCACAAAGAAUUCCCCGGCGAGGAAUACAUUCCCCCGAUGGUCAAACCAAGCGCUCCAGAUGAUCGCUCCAGUGACGAAGGAAAAUGGAGCGGACCUGAAUACAGGUAUUAAACGUGCAAUAUAGAGGACUCAAACCAAAGAUGCCAUCAAUAAAAUUUAAAAAUAAUAAUUUGAUUAUAAUGUUAUUUGAUUUGUAAAUAGAUGUUAGUGGUCUUGCACUGUAGAGCAGUGCGGGCUAGUUGAGUUGCAAACGAAAAAUUAGAUUAAAUAUAUAGCUUGUCAAUGUUA